AAGGAAGAGCCGAAGAGAGGAAGGAAGAGAGAGAGAGAGAGAGAGAGAGAUGGCAAGCCUAUCAUUAUCUUGUUUGGCCCUCCCUUCAAAGCUGAGAAAUUCUCUUACACUUGGUGUCCCUUCUUCUUCUUCAGCUUCUUCUUCUUCUUUAAGUCAGUCGAGGUCGACUAGUACAUUCAGGUCACUCUGCUUCUCGACUAGCCUCUCACACAAUGCCUUCUCCAAAGGGUAUUUGUCUAUGAGCACGACGCAAAGGCCAAGUCGCCAUUUUGUUGUGUGUGAGGCGGCUCCGAAGAAAAAAGCGGAUUCCGCUGCGAAGAGGACGCGUCAAGCUGAGAAAAGGCGCGUCUACAACAAAGCCCGGAAAUCUGAAAUCAAGACCCGGAUGAAGAAGGUUUUGGAAGCUCUGGAUGUGCUCAAGAAGAAACCUGAUGCACAAGCUGAAGAAGUCCUUUCAGUUGAGAAACUAAUUGCAGAGGCAUAUUCAGUUAUAGACAAGGCAGUGAAAGUGGGAACACUGCACAGGAACACUGGAGCACGCAGGAAGUCUCGGCUUGCCCGGAGAAAGAAGACCGUGGAGAUUCACCAUGGCUGGUAUACUCCAACCCCAGCACCUGCUGUAAAUGCAGCGUAGAACACCCUGCACCCAUGUGAAAAUUUAUUUACUCGUGUUUAAGUUCCUUAUGAAGAGUUCAAUGAACCAUCAUCAUUCAUAAUUUUAGGAUUCUGAGUACUCUUAUGUAGAUUAGUUACAGUUCUGCUUUAAUGUUUCUGUUGCUAAAGCUGAUAUGUUGUAAUCUAGAACGUCAUUGCUGGGCAUGUCAUUUUCUUCUCCAAAUCAUAGAAUUUGAGUCAAUGAAAUUUGCUUCAUACU